AGCUCCAUGAAUCUCCCUCCUGACAAGGCCCGUCUUCUGAGGCAAUAUGACAACGAGAAGAAAUGGGACCUAAUUUGUGACCAGGAAAGGUUUCAAGUGAAGAAUCCACCCCACACAUAUAUACAGAAAUUGAAGAGCUUCCUCGAUCCAGGUGUUACCCGAAAGAAGUUCCGUCGGAGGGUGCAGGAAUCCACCAAAGUGCUGAGGGAGCUGGAGAUCUCUUUAAGGACCAAUCACAUUGGGUGGGUGCGUGAAUUUCUCAAUGAUGAAAACAAAGGCCUGGAUGUGCUGGUGGACUACCUCUCAUUUGCUCAGUGUGCAGUGAUGUUUGAUUUUGAGGGUCUGGAAAAUAGCGAGGAUGGAGCCCUAGAGAAGCUGAAAUCUUGGAGCAGGUCCAUAGAGGAUCUGCAGCACCCCAGCACCCUGUCUGCUCCCUACGCCAACAGUCUUGCUCGCUCUGCGCGCCAGUCUGCUCUCCGAUACACCACACUUCCCAGCAGAAAAGCUCUGAAGAACUCACGGCUGGUGAGCCAGAAAGAUGAUGUGCACGUGUGCAUCUUGUGUUUGCGAGCCAUCAUGAACUAUCAGUAUGGAUUCAAUUUGGUUAUGUCACAUCCUCACGCUGUUAAUGAGAUUGCCCUCAGUUUGAACAAUAAAAAUCCCAGGACAAAAGCCCUGGUAUUAGAAUUGCUGGCUGCUGUGUGUCUUGUGCGAGGUGGCCAUGAGAUCAUUUUGGCUGCCUUUGAGAACUUCAAGGAGGUAUGCAAAGAGCAGCAUCGCUUUGAGAAACUGAUGGAAUAUUUCCGUAAUGAGGAUAGCAAUAUUGACUUCAUGGUAGCCUGUAUGCAAUUCAUCAACAUUGUGGUCCAUUCAGUAGAGGACAUGAACUUCCGAGUGCACUUACAAUACGAGUUCACCAAGCUGGGUUUGGAAGAGUUCUUACAGAAGUCCAGACACACAGAAAGUGAAAAGCUGCAAGUACAAAUUCAGGCCUACCUGGACAAUGUGUUUGAUGUAGGUGGGUUGCUAGAAGAUGCUGAGACCAAGAAUGUGGCUUUGGAGAAAGUAGAAGAAUUGGAAGAGCACUUAUCGCAUUUGACAGAAAAGCUGCUGGAUCUGGAGAAUGAGAACAUCAUGCGGGUUGCUGAGUUGGAGAAACAACUAUUACAGCGGGAAAAGGAAUUGGAGAUUGUCAAGGAGACCUACGAGAGUGCCAGCCACCAAGUUCAUACAUUGCGCAGAAUUAUCAAGGAAAAGGAAGAAGCCUUCCGACAUCACUAUACCUCACAUCCAAUGGGGAGUGACCACUUGCCGCUGCCACCACCUCCAGAGGCAGAGAUCAAUUUCAGCGACAUCUCUGAGGAUGAAUUCUGCCUGCCUGUCCUGCCUCCUGUGGAGGCUGCCCCUCCUCCGCCACCUCCUCCGCCACCUCUUCCCCCACCCCCUCCUCCACUACCAGAUAAGUGUCCACCAGCUCCACCGCUUCCUGGCAUGUCUCCUUCGGUGAUCCUCACAAUGGGCUUAUCAGCAAUCCGGAUCAAAAAGCCCAUCAAGACCAAAUUUCGCUUGCCAGUUUUUAACUGGACAGCAUUGAAGCCCAACCAGAUCAGUGGGACGGUCUUCAGUGAGCUGGAUGAUGAAAAGAUCUUGGAGGAUCUCGAUCUGGACAAGUUUGAGGAGCUCUUUAAGACCAAGGCACAGGGCCCUGCCAUCGAUCUCCUUUGCUCUAAAAACAAGGCUUCACACAAAUCAGUCAACAAAGUGACCCUGCUGGAGGCCAACCGGGCAAAGAACCUGGCCAUCACAUUGCGUAAGGCAGGCAGGACCACAGAGGAGAUCUGCAAAGCCAUCUACACGUUUGACCUGAAGACCUUACCAGUGGACUUUGUGGAGUGCCUCAUGCGCUUUCUGCCAACCGAGAAUGAGGUCAAGCUACUGCGCCAGUAUGAGAAGGAGAGGAAGCCAGUGGAGGAAUUGUCAGAUGAGGACCGCUUCAUGCUGCACUUCAGCAAAGUGGAGCGUCUGACCCAGCGCAUGGCCAUUAUGGCUUUCCUGGGCAACUUCAGUGAAAACAUCCAGAUGCUCAUGCCGCAACUCAAUGCCAUUAUCGCUGCCUCAGCAUCUGUCAAAUCGUCACAGAAGCUCAAGCGAAUGCUAGAGAUCAUUUUGGCCCUUGGCAACUACAUGAACAGCAGCAAGCGUGGCUCAGUUUACGGGUUCAAGCUGCAGAGUCUGGACUUGCUGUUGGACACUAAGUCAACUGACCGGAAGCUGACUCUUCUACAUUUCAUUGCCAUGAUGGUGAAGGAGAAAUAUCCUGAGUUGAGCAACUUCUGGCAGGAACUGCACUUUGUGGAAAAAGCAGCUGCAGUAUCUCUGGAGAACGUUCUGCUGGAUGUGAAGGAACUAGGGCGUGGCAUGGAGUUGAUUCGGCGGGAGUGCAGUUUGCACGAACAUAGUAUCCUGCGUAACUUCUUGAUCGCCAGUGAGGGGAAGUUGGACCGACUCCAGAAAGAUGCUAAGACUGCAGAGGAAGCCUACAACACGGUUGUGCGCUAUUUUGGCGAGAGCCCCAAGACGACACCACCCUCUGUUUUCUUUCCAGUCUUUGCACGUUUCAUCAGAUCCUACAAGGAUGCAGAACAAGAGAACGAACUGCGCAAGAAGCAGGAACAGGCUCAAAGGGAGCAGGCAUUGGCCCAAGAAGCUAAGAGACUAGAGAAGUUGUCUUUGCAGCGCAACAAAUGGCAGCAGCAAGAGUUAAUUGCUGAGCUGAGGCGGCGCCAAGCCAAGGACCACAGGCCUGUUUAUGAAGGCAAAGAUGGGACCAUUGAGGAUAUUAUUACAGUGUUGAAGAGCGUCCCCUUCACUGCCCGCACAGCGAAGCGGGGCUCUCGUUUUUUCUGUGAGCCGUCUCACCACGAGGAGCCCAACUGUUAG